CCACGCGCGACGCAAGCUAUAUAAGCCGCCGCGCACGCUGCCACCAGGAAAAACCCAAACAUUUCACUGUCAAGCAAAUACAAAUCUGAAAUUCGCACUUUUAUUGAAAACGCUUUUGAAGUUAUAUUGGAAUCUUGAAUAAUUAUCAUUCAUCUGCCAAAAUGGACGCAAUGAAUAUCCAGAGCGAUCUGAACGUCAACGCCCCGGAAUUCCACUACAAGAAGGAGACGACCUCCAUCGAGCCGGUGCGGCGUCUGGAGAACGCGCGUUUCCAGCGCGAUGAGCGCUCCGACAUGAACCGCCGCGACAGCCCGACAGAGACGUACGUCCGCGAGGAGGCGCCGCCGGCCGACUGGCGCCAAGGCACCCCAGUUCGUCAACAGCCAGUACGACGACCUGCUGCCGCGCGACCGCCUGGACUCCAUGGCCGACUCCCUGCUGGACCAGCGCGACUACCAGGAACUGCAGGAACAGGAGCGCCUCUGGCAGCAGCCGCGCCCCACCGAGGUCACGCCGCUCCUGCAACCGGAAGUCCAGGAGCAGCGCACCUACAACACGGAACUGCCGCCGCAGAUGGCCGAGUUCGCCAUGGACAGUCGCCGCGCGCCGGAGGCGGAGCAUCCCGCCGGGUGGGUGGACAGCCGCGGGGUGCCGCAGGAGCUCCCGCCCGCGGUGGCGCCGCUCCUGGACCUCUCUCCGGAAGCGCCGGUCCAGGCGAUCCAGCCGCUCCGUCUGCGCCCGCUGCUGCACGUCGCCCGUGACCUUUGCCUGUGGCGCAACGUCCGCGACUCGGCGGUGGUGUUCAGCGCCGGGUUGGGACUGAUGGGGGCGUUGUCCUACUUCAGCCUGAUCAGCAUCUUCGCCUACCUCUCCCUGGGCGUCCUCAUCGUCGCCGGGGAUCAGGUCUUCGGACGCCAGCUCUUCUACGCGCUGCAGCAGCGUCCCGGCGUCGCGCAUCCCUUCCAGCGCAUCCUCCAGCGCGACAUCGUCCUGGACCCGGCGUACCUCCACGAACAGCUGGACGCCGUGUUGCAGCCGUUGAACCGGAAGCUGGUGGCCAUGCGCAACUUGUACUUGGCGGACAGUCUCGCCGAAACGUUGAAGAUGAUGUUCUACAUGUAUUUGUUGACGUACGUCGGCCGCUACUUCAACCUGAUGAGCCUGUUGAUGGUGGGAUGGGUGCUGGCGUUCUCCCUGCCCAAACUGUACAUGAUGUUCCGCCCGCAGUUGGACCGGAUGUGGAGCAGUGUCCGCGGGAAUGUGCGCCGUCUGCAGAUGGACAUCCGCGACAAGUUCCAGCAGCAGAAACAGCGUGUGCAGCAGCGACGCGAUCGCCGGCAGUCCGUGGAGAAAAAGGUCACCUUCGAGAAGACCGAGAAGAUCCAGUAGACGGACUAUAUAUAGUUGUUUUAAUUUUUUAUUAUGUGCGCAUGAUACUUCUUCGAUGAUCUUAUUAGUGUGGGGAUCAAUUUAUCCGCCGGAAGCGGGAAAUUUUUUCUGCUAGUUUUAUAGCAGCUGCAGCUUCUGGUUUACUUAUAAAUAAUUAUGCUUAAUAUUUUCGGCAUACUAUGUAUGCAGACUGGAAUUCAUACCUAAUAUGAAACACGGAAGUAUUUGAUUAUAAUUUGUGUGGUUUAACACGUUGUACGUUAACCGCUAUUAUAAAACCGACGUGAACUGUAAUAAAUGAUGUACUGACGAGAAACUGCAAUAAAUUUACCCGAUCAUGAA